UAAUAGGAAGCACAAAUCAAAUACUAAAUUGCUCAACUUUUUCCCAAAGCUUUCCCCAAAUUUUCAAUCUUCCCGGCCCUAGGCUCUGCCCCCACCCCUUGCCGUCCCUUGCUGACGGUUGGUGACCUCGGCAAAGCGCACUCAUCCUCUGCUUCUCUGCUUCUUUUGGAAAAUACCGUAAAAGGUGAUAUUGAUGAACUAAACUAUUCAAAAAUUGAUUCAAAAGUCCAUCUGGAAUUGAAUAUCUCUCGGACAGUUUUAGAGUGUUUCUUCUUUCCGCUCAUACAUAGUCAUUUGCCUCGAGGAAAAGUCCCAUUGUUCUUUGCAUCUUUCGAUGAUUUCCAGUAACUAUCUUGUAAGGAGAUCGAUUGAAGCACCACUCAAUCUUCUUUACGAGGAAAAACAAAUAUGGUUGCAGCAAACGCAAAGGAAGCAGUGUGCGUGACCGGAGCCAACGGUUUCAUAGGUUCAUGGCUGGUCCGCACCCUCCUUGAAGACGGCUACACCAGGAUCCACGCAUCGAUUUAUCCAGGGUCAGACGCCUCACAUCUGUUCUCUCUUCCUGGCGCCACUUCCCCAAACGUGCGGCUGGAGGUCUACGAGGCUGACAUCUUGGACUACACCUCCAUCCUCAAGGCAGUGGAGGGAUGCCAGGGUGUGUUCCACGUUGCCUCUCCCUGCAGUCUGGAGGAUCCCAAAGACCCUGACAGGGAGCUGGUGAUGCCAGCCGUGCAGGGCACACUGAACGUGCUGGAGGCCGCCAGAACGGCCAAGGUCAGGCGCGUGGUGCUGACUUCCUCUAUAUCGGCAAUUGUGCCUAACCCCAAUUGGGAUCCUGAAACGAAAGGAUCCUUUGAUGAGUCAUCCUGGACAGACCUGGAAUACUGCAAGAGUCGACAGAAAUGGUAUCCGGUGUCAAAGACGCUGGCUGAGAAAGCGGCAUGGGAAUAUGCUGAAAAGCAUGGAAUGGAUGUAGUGGCGGUCAAUCCAGCCACAUGUCUUGGCCCUCUCCUGCAAGCAAGCUUGAAUGCCAGCAGUGCAGUGCUACAACAGUUGUUGCAGGGCUCCCAAGAUACCCAGGAGCAUCACUGGUUGGGAGCAGUGCAUGUUAGAGAUGUGGCCAAGGCACAAAUAUUGCUGUUCAAUGCUCCCGCUGCUUCUGGUAGAUAUCUUUGCACUAACGGCAUCUAUCAGUUUGCUCAUUUUGCUCAAACCGUCUCCCAACUCUUCCCUCACUAUCCUGUCCACAGGUUUACUGGGGAAACACAACCAGGCUUAGUUUCAUGCAAAGAUGCAGCCAAGAGAUUAAUGAAGCUGGGUCUAGUCUUCACCCCAGUCGAAGAAGCUGUCCGUGAGGCUGUGGAGAGUAUGCAAGCCAAAGGUUUCCUGAAGCCGCCGCAGAUGUUACAGUCUUAGAAAUUAAGUGUGUUCUGUUAUUUCUUAUAGUUAAAAGUUUUUCAAUAAUUGGUUGUGUUUAUUGAACUGUCAGUAAGCUUGGAUGAAAUAACAAGACUUGUGCCUGAAGGUCAUGGAUACGUACUUUGAUUUAUCUGACAUUAACCUUCUGUAAAUCAGGAGAAGGAAAUCCUAUAUUGUUCGGAUUCUAGGGUGGAAGAGUCCUAUUCUGAAUU